CCCAUCUCUCUUCGUGGCUGAUCGGAGCCCGGUCGUGACUGCCUGCCUGCUCUCCUCCACGUCCCGCGCUCCUCCCCCUCCUACCCACGCCGCUCUUUCCAUCCAGGGACCUGCAGCAGCGCGCAUCCGCACUUCACGUCCCGCGCCAGCGCCCGCGCCCGCGUCUCGCAUGCUCACACGACCCACCACGCAUUCGCUCCAUAUUCUUCCGCCGCCAUGUUCGGCGUGAAGCCUCCCAAGGUCAAGACGCGCACUGUCGCGGUGCCCGUCAGGAAGGCGCCCAACCCCGCGAAACCGGCGCAGUCGAACGGCCAUGCGACAGGGAGAAGCGGUGCGACGACGGCGGCUCCCGGGAACCGGUACAAACUAUCCUCCCCGCCACGGUCAAAACCGACGACGGCGCACGCGAGCGCAAGCGACGGGCGCAGAUCGGUGACGGCCAAGAGCGUCGUACGCAAGCGCAAGGCCGAGACAUACACGCCGCUGAGCAGCGACGAUGACAGCAGCGACGACGAUUCCUCCGCAGACGGGCGCAAGCGCCAGAAGACGAGCAGUAGCAUGGAACCCAUGGGCUUCAACCGCUGCCUGGAGCCCGAUCCAAACCGGCGCAUACGGCUGCCGUCACCAGAGCCCACAGCCGCGGCGGAACAAGCAACGGAAUUAAAGCGAGAGAAGGGCAGCGCGCUGGCGAAAGCAAAGAAAGGCACCAAGGCCGAAAUGAUACAUGGUCGAGGUAUCUGCAGAAGGUUCGCCUCGGAAUACAAGGCCGCCUUCCCAGGUACAGCCGAGCCACCCGUCGUACUGCUACAGUACCCCAGCAACUCGGCCCCUGAGCGAUUCCAGUUGUCCCUCCCAAAGGACGCUAGCAACUUCAACCCGCUAGACGACAUUUACUACACGAUUGAAGAAAUCGUCCAGCAUUAUCUGCCUGUUGAUCUGGCCACCGAGCUAUCCUCCGAAGCAGAUGGCACUGUCCGACUGCUCAAGCGCGCCGCAUUCAAAAACCAGCCCGAUGAAUUCAAGCGCAUCGUCGAGAGUUUCAAUGCGACGAUGAAGAAGAAGCUCGACGACAAAACCAUUGCCAACGUUCUCGACUCCAAACACGCGAUUCCACUUAGUAUUGUUAAGCGCAUUCUGGCACAGGUUUACUGGCGCACCGUCUCUCCGUACGCUUAUCUUCUGAAGCGUGUAAAAGGAAAAGAGACCACGUACGGUGAACUCCUCCCAAAUUUUGUACAUAACAUCUUCCAGCAGACUGGCCUCAAGUCCAACUCCAUCUUUAUCGACUUAGGCUCUGGUGUCGGCAACGUAGUGUUGCAGUCGGCGUUGCAGACGGGUGCCGAGUCCCACGGCAUUGAGAUCAUGGACAAACCUGCCGAGUAUGCGAAUGAUCAAGCCAACGAACUCCGUGCGCGCUCCAAGCUCUGGAACAUCAACCUCGGUCCUAUCAACCUGCUGCACGGCGACUUCCUAGAAUCACCACAGGUUGACGAUGUGCUACGUCGCGCAGACGUGGUACUCGUCAACAACAAGGUCUUCCCGUCAAAGCUGAACAACCAACUGCUUGACAAAUUCCUGGAUCUCAAACUGGGCUGCAAAGUCGUGAGUCUGGCGAGCUUCGGUGGAGGCGGCGGCAAGCAGGGCGUGCGGAACGAGAACAGCAUCGCCAACCUCUUUGACGAGGAGCGGUACGACUCGGGCACGGGCAGUGUGAGCUGGGCGGGUGAGAGCGUCGAGUACUUCAUCAUGACGAAAUCGCGUUAA